AACACUGGCAGGUGGUCAUGUUGUGUUGGUUCUCUCUGAGAUUAAGAUUGGAGAUAUUUUGGAAGACCAAGAUCGGAUUGGACUGCGGAAGAGCGGCCAACCAGACGCGGAAGUAACAGCCUUCAACCCCAGCCAUGGCCGCUGUGCUGCCGGAGAACGCGGCCGAGAUCGCGGUGGCCAACGCAAUCAAUAACAUCAACGGGAAUGUAAAUGGGAACGGGCGCAACCGAGUGCUACCUGGCGGAUUAGGCGGCGCUGGUGGUGGUGGCCAGAACAACAUGAUGAAUAUGCGGGACCGAUUGUUCCAUGCCAUUUACUUUCGGGCAGCGGCUGCCUAUGCGGAAUUGGUUCCACGGAAGGUGCAGCUGACCAUCGAGUUCCUGCUGCUGGCCAAGGCCCUGCUGUUCUUCUUCACGCUCAUCUACGUGCACAACUCCUUCAUCAAGAAUCCCUGCACCUGCCUGCAGGGGAUUCAGAACUGGCCCCGCGAAGGCGUCAUCAGAGUGGAGAUCAUACCCCAUCUGUCGGAGAAGCGGGCCAUUUGGCAGGGCAUCAAGCGGGACCAGCAAAUAGUGCGCUCCCUAAAGGAUUCCUAUUACUACGGCAUUGGUCCGCAAACCCAUCAAAACCACGACCGACUCAAGCGAUACGAGUCCAUUCUGGGCAAGCUCGGACUACCCGUCAGACCCACCUUCGCCUACAGCAACGAAUCGCUGUACUACUACUUCGAUGCCAUCAACAUCCUGGACACCUACGACCAUCCCAAUGCAAUACAGCUCAAGAACGAGGAAGAUGAUGAGGAGCAGUACAUUGUGGAGUAUUCGCUGGAGUACGGCCACCUGCGACUGUCUUCCUCCACGCGAAAGCGUUUACGCAUCCCCGUGCUCACUGUCCAACUGGAUCCCAAUACGGACAAGUGUUUCGGGGAUAGUAUAACGAGAUAUUUGCUCAAACGAUUGCUGGGCUAUGAUGACUUACUAAUGGCCUCGGUAAGAGCCAUAGCAGAGCAGGAGGAGAACAAGGGCUACCUGCGCAAUGUGAUCACCGGCGAGCACUAUCGCUUCGUGUCCAUGUGGUGGGCCGCCUGGAGCAGCUAUCCGGCUGCCUUUUGUGUGAUGCUGCUAUUUACCUUUUCAGUGUCUAUGCUGCUCCGCUACUCGCAUCACCAGAUCUUUAUCUUUAUAGUCGACCUGCUGCAGAUGCUGGAGUACAAUGUCUCCGCCCGGUUUCCCAUUGCUCCUCUGCUCACCGUCAUUCUGGCGCUCGUAGGAAUGGAAGCUAUCAUGUCGGAGUUCUUCAAUGACACCACCACGGCCUUCUACAUCAUACUGAUUGUCUGGAUUGCGGAUCAAUAUGAUGCCAUCUGCUGUCACACGAGCAUCACCAAGCGUCAUUGGCUCAGAUUCUUCUACCUGUACCAUUUCGCGUUCUAUGCGUAUCACUACCGCUUCAGUGGACAGUACAGGACGCUGGCGCUGCUCUCCUCGUACCUCUUCACCCAGCACUCGAUGGUGUUCUUCUUCCACCGCUACGAGCUGCCGGCCAUCAUGGCCCAGCACCAGGUCUUCAUCAUCACACGCAAUCAGGGAGCAGCAGCAGCAGCAGCAGCGGCGGCAGCUGCAGCAGGAGGAGCCGGCAACGGAGGAGCACCAGCAGCAGCAGCUGCAGGAGGAGGAGGAGGAGAUGGAGGAGGAGCAGGAGCCGUUGGCCAGCAGGCGUCCAUGCAACGUGCCCGACUCAUAGUCACUCGACUCUUCAGUCAACUUGCAGCACAGCGCCAAGGGCAACAUCAACAGCAGCAGCAACCGAAUCAGGAGCCCCAGCGCCCGCCGGGACCCACUGCCGCCGUGGGCGUGGCCUUGGCCAACCUGAGAAGACUGCCCGUGGUGGGCCAGUGGCUGCAGGGUCGCGAGCAGUUCGCCACCGUGCGACGCGUCUUCCUGGGGCACGGCGGCAACGCACGCCUGAUGCAGGUGCGUCUGCAGCGUAUCAACGUGGCUGAUAUACCUGGCUUGCGCAACCAGGUAGCAGCGGCCAUGGCAGCAGCCGGGGCAGUCCAAGUUGGCGGAGCGCCGGAGGCUGCGGCUGCGGGGGCCACCGAUGAACCCGCCAGCGGCAAUGUUGCAGCUACAGAAGCAGCCACAUCAGCAGCCACUGCAGCAGCAACGCCAGCAGCUACCCAUGUUGCAGAUGUCGAAACAAAUCAGGGACGCAAGCAGCCGACAACAUCGGGCAUAAAUGAUGCAGUAGCAACGGGAGCGGAAGCAGCUCAAGACAAGCCGCUCGUCCAGGAGGAGGAGUUGGUGAGUCCGGAGCAGGAAAAGCAAGAGCAGGAGCAGCACGAUGGGGGCAUGUCCAAGACGCUGGAAAAUCUAAAUUCCGUUGCGGCGGAUAUUAUAAAUAUGUCGGAUGGUGGAACUACUGUUGCAGCACCUCCCUCAACGGACAGCACUCAACGAACCCUGAUCCACACCCACGUCCAUGUCCAUCAGACCCAGCCAAAGGCGAGGCAAUUAGAAAAUAAUUUGCCAGAGCUGCUGAAAGCGGAGGGGCCAUCCCCCCCAGCAGCAGCGGCAUCAGGUGAAAAGCAAAGCUGCCCACUACAAGUCCGAAGCAUUAUGAAUGACCAGCAGCAGCAGAGGCAUGGGCAGCAAAACAAACCGGACGAGCCCGCGACAGGAGCGGCAGCAGCAGCAACAGCAUCUGCCACGUCAAAACAAUCCUCUCUGCCAGGAGCAACAGAGUUAGCAGCAGCAGCCAGGCCAAUGAUGGAUGACAGGCAAACGGUUGAUUUUAUAGAAGGCGACAGCCCAACGUCAGCAGCAAAUUGCCAACUCAAUGCCGGCACAAACCACAAGGCGCAGGAGGAGCAGCGGCUAAUGAAAACUUCACAACAUACAUCAAGCCAAGUGACAACGGCAGCGGGAACGGCAACGGCAACAGAAACGGAAACAUCAGCAAAAUAGGAGCGCCCCCAAAUAAAAACAAACCCAACCAUCCCGAAAAUAGCUACCCACAUAACAAGAUGUUAUACAUAAAAGAGCUAGUAAAUUUUAGAUAAUUUGUCUGGUGUACUUAUAUCCGGAGAUCAGCCACGACUCACGACGCCCCCGCUCGGAUGAGUGUGUGAAUGUCUGCAAGGUUUUGGAUGGAUGGAUGGAUGAGGGUAUGGAUGGGUGGAUGGUAUAUUGCCGAAUGGGGGACACGAGCGUAUGUGCUUGAGCUCCGACUCAAAAAAAAGGAGAUACGAAAACGCGUACUUGACCUGCUUGCACCUGCAGGGAAAAGUCUGGAUAUACAUAUACAUAUAUUAAUAAUGUUGCACGCCUUUUUAAUUAGCCAAAUACGUGAGAGGCCGCAACCCACGUACGGAUACAUACGGCUCCAUACAUAAAUACAGCCACAAUGCAUACACAACACAAGCUAGUCGCUUUUUAAACUUAACUUUUUUUGCCCAUCUUUGUUUGCCGCCUUUAUUGAGAAAAAUGCGUUGAACAUUUUUAAUUAACUUUGUAAAGGAAGCCUUUAACCCACAAAACCCCAAGCUCCGCCUAGAAAUCCCGCCCAGACACGCCUCCCAACCCGGCGGACAAACAGCCGGAAGCCCUUCCGGCCAAUAACCCAGCCGAUGCCUCUGCUGUUUGCCCAAGCUUUUCGCUCUAACCUUAUGAAAAACCAUAGAAUUGUCAAUUAAUAUACUUUUUGUUUGUCAAAUAUCAUUUUAAAACCGCAAAAAAGGCAUCACACGCAAAGAACACUGUGAAUAUUCAUGAAAAAAGAUAAAACCUAAAUCGUUGAAUGUUUGACACAAUAAUAAUAAUACGAGAUCUGUGAAAUCCUUUUUGGUAAUUCUUAUGUUUUCUUUUAUGCUUUCCUUUAAGUAUACCCCUAGUUUGUACAUGGUAUUGUAUCACUGAUCUGACCUGAUUCGAUGUGAGAUUGAGUGAGUGUGGCGUCAAAGUUUGAAGAACUAUUCAAUAAGCAAUGGAGGUCGGAGUCGAAGUUCGAGAACGGUUUAAAAUUCUUAACUUUACACACUAAACUAAUACUAGUAGCUAUGACUAUUUGCUAUUGCUAAAAAAUGUUAUUUCUAAAUGUGUAUACAAAUAUACGACAUAAAUCAA